UUAAACCAGAGUGAAAACAAAAGGAAACACUGUAGUAAUAUGAACAAUGCAUUAAAGGUUCUUCCCUCUGUUGUCUCGGUCAUCCAGCAAAUCUUUUGUUGUCUAUAGAAUAUCGAAGAACAAAAAAGCUAAUUAAAAUUCAAACAUUUCUGCCACUUUCACAAGAUGAGUCAACAUGCAAAAAAAGCCAUUCCCCAUCACCUGAAGGUAAUCAAAUGCAAGGCAGCAAUACUCUGGAAACCUAAAGAACCAUUUAGUAUUGUGGAAAUAGAAGUGGCUCCACCAAAAGCAUAUGAAGUUCGCAUCAAGAUUUUGGCCAGUGGAAUCUGUGGCUCAGAUUCCCACGUUGUAAGGGGUGCAGUAAAGACCAAGUUACCUAUUAUUCUUGGACAUGAAGCAGUUGGCGUGGUUGAGAGUGUGGGGGAAGGUAUUACCAGUAUGAAACCAGGAGACCAAGUCAUUCCGAUUUUUCUCCCCCAAUGUGGCAAAUGCAGUACUUGUAUGCAUCCUACAGGCAACUUGUGCAAGAAGGAUCAAGACCCUGGAUUCAUGGAGGAUGGCACCAGUAGAUUCACUCACAAAGGAAUACCACUGCACAACUUUGUUGGUACCAGCACUUUUACUGAAUAUACUGUAGUGCACGAGGAUUCAGUUGUCAAAAUCGAUGCUGCAGCACCUCCUGAAAAAGUGUGUCUUAUUAGCUGUGGGUUUUCCACUGGCUAUGGUGCUGCCAUAAAUGCUGCAAAGGUGCGGCCUGGUUCUACCUGUGCCGUUUUUGGACUCGGAGGAGUUGGUCUCUCAGCAGUCAUGGGCUGCAAGGAAGCUGGAGCUUCCCGAAUCAUUGGAAUCGAUAUCAACAAGGACAAAUUCCCUAAGGCUAAAGAAAUUGGUGUCACGGACUGUGUCAAUCCCAAGGAUUACCAGAAACCCAUCAAUGAAGUGAUCUUUGACUUGACUGGCGGUGACGGUGUAGAAUAUUCCUUUGAAGCCAUUGGAAAACCUGAAACCAUGCUGGCUGCCUUGAAUUCCUGCCAAAUAAAUUAUGGAAAAUGCAUCAUUGUGGGAGUACCGCCUACGGAUUCUAUGAUUACCUUUUCUCCAGGACUUCUCUUCACAGGCCGCACUUGGAAAGGAACUCUAUUUGGAGACUGGAAAAGUAAAGAUACAGUUCCUAAGUUGGUUUCGGAUUUCAUGAACAAAAGGUUUAGCCUAGAUCCAUUAAUUACUCACACUUUACCGUUUGAUAAAAUCAAUGAAGGUUUUGAUUUGCUUCACUCAGGAAAAUGCAUCCGUUGCAUCCUGACGUUUUAAAGCCCCUGGUUCGGAAGAAAAAUAGAAAACCAUCAUUUUUGUCUUGUCUCUGAAAUCCACCAGAAAUGCAUUGGGCAGCAUAUAUACUUCAAUAAGCCAGUCAACAGAAAGAGAAUUAUUUAUUUUCUUUCUAUCUCCCCGAUCUGGUUCAUCUGUUAUUAUUACCGCUGAAUUUACCCACAAGGAAGACAACCCUGAAAUUAAAGCAGUCCCACAGGAAAACAAAGAUUAGGCAAAAUAUAGUUAUAAACAUGCUUAACAUUCCUGUGUUUUGUACACUUUCCCUAUUUCAUCAUCUCUCACCUUCCCACCCACCCCUCUAUCAUUUUUGGUUAACUAUGUGCCCCUAAAGGACAGGGGAUUUAUAAAAUUGUGUGCAUGUGUGCUAACAAUCUUUUUCUCACAAAUUAUUUUCACAACAUAGAGAAAUAGAUAAAUGCAAGGCCAAUGCACAAGAUUCGGUGGCUUAUGGGUAGGGAACUAGGUGUAGCCUGUGCGUUGUUAAAGUUGUAACUCAUCCUCAUUCUCCCUAAACUGGGGUAAAAACUAGGAAGAAGAUUAUCAGAGUAUUACGCUUUAUUUUUCAGUCGGUUUGCAAGGAUGAAAUAAGUUCAGAAAGAUGUUUUGUUGGGCUUCAUGUCCAAGGAAAACCCUGCACAUUUACACUUCAGUAAGUCUCAUUAAUAGGUCCCAUUUAAAUAUACUCAAGGCUUCUAGUUAUAUUGUCUACCUGAUAACUCAAUGACCUCACGUUUCCUUCCUAUCCCUUCCAUUUACAGAUAAAUGUGUUUGGGGAAAUACUCAUCAUCU